ACUCACAAUCGUGAAAAGAGAGACAGAGAAGAGAGAGAGAGAAGAGAGAGAGAGAAGAGAGAGAAAGAGAGAGCUGAGAUCGGAGAAAAUGGUUUCGUGGAUGAUGACGAUCAAGACAGUGCUAAUCUCAAGCGGCGUCGCCUCCGUGGGGCUAUUGCUUAAAGUCUCUGUUCCGGCGGCUGUUGAAUUUUCCGUGUCUCGAGCUCCGAUCCUGUGGAGUUCUGUGCUAUCGUGGCUGAAACCGCCGUAUCUCUACGUCAUCACCAACGGAAUCAUCAUCACUAUCGUCGCUUCUUCCAAGUAUUACCGAAGCACGAGCCACCGUGAACAGGAAGACGACGGGAUCGUGUACGGUGGUGGCGGCGGCGAUUAUAGUAAGAUCCAGACGGAGCCGAUUGUACUAGAUCAAGCUUCUCCGCGGAUGAUGGUGGUGACGGAUUUGGAUCAGGAUUCGAAUUUCAAUCUCGUGGUCGCGAAUCCGCCGUCUCCGCAGCUGGAAUCGGAGGUGGUUACGGCGGUUGUGUAUGACGAUGAGGAGGAGAAGAAGAUGCUGUUAGAUGCGGUGGCAAUGGUGGAGGAUGAAAACGAAAAUGAAGAGGAGGUUAAGAUCGUGGUUAUGGCGGAGGAGAGUUCCGAUCUGGUUAAAUCCGGUGGAGAUGAUGAGGUGAUGUUGCCGCCGAUUUCAAAUUGGAAUAAUCUGCCGCCGAGGAUGACGGAAUCGGAGAAUCUUCCUCCGACGGAGAAGCCUCUAGUUUCGUCAUGGUUCGGUCACCGGAAAGUGGUGAAAGCCAACCCAGAAGGUGGAAGAGCGUUGAGAGUGACGAAGCCGAAGCGGAACGAGACACUGGAGAAUACUUGGAAGAUGAUAACGGAAGGAAAGUCAACGCCGUUGACCAGACAGUUAUACCGGAGAUCGGAUACGUUUGGCCGUGGAGAUUCCGGCGGGAGCGAGGCGAAACCGGUUUACAAGAAAUCGGAGACGUUUAGAGACAGGACUAACGAUUACCAGUCGCCGGAGCCGGCGGAGAUGGAGAAGGCGAAGGGGAAGAUGAGGAAAGAGCCGUCGCUGAGUCAGGACGAGUUGAAUCGGCGAGUUGAGGCGUUUAUUAAGAAGUUUAAUGAGGAGAUGAAGUUGCAGAGGAUGGAGUCGCUGAGACAGUACAAAGAGUUAAUUAGUCGUCGUGGGAUUUAGCUCUUUUAUUAUUUUUAUUUCUAUUUUUAUUUUAAUUGGGUUUUCUUAUUAUACACAAGAAGGAGAAAAACAAGAUUAGAUGGGUGGUAUAAAAGUCAUAGUGGAUUUAACCAAAAAAAAAGAAGAAAUCAAAAUGUCACAUUAGUGUACAUUACUUUGUGAAGAAGCUUAGAAGUUAUACAGGUUUUUUUUAUUCUUUUCCUUUUUUUUUACAAAAAAUGGAUUUUAGUGACAUUUGGUUUGUGACU